GGGCUUGACUUGAUCUUCGGGCGAGACUUCCUGAAAAGAUUCAACCCCGAGAUCAACUGGGUGAACCGCACCGCAAGCAUCUACAACAAUGGACGGAGAGUACAGCUACCCAACUGGGACGACACUGGAGAUAUCCCAGUGGAGACACUCGCACGAUUCGAGAAGGACGUGAAGCGGACCGACACCGGGUUCCUGGCGAUAGCAACAGAGGUGGAGAAUGACGGAGAGAAAGCCUCGGAAACUCCAGAAAAGAUCAAGGAAUUACUGAAGGAGUUCCAAGACAUUCUUCCUGACGAUCUUCCGAACGAGCUACCGCCAUACCGAACGCAUCAACACGAGAUCGUGGAGGAACCGGGUUCGAAGCCGACCUUCCGAGCACCAUACCGGCUCAGCCCUACGGAGCUGACCGACAUGAAGAAGCAGAUCGAGUAUCUCCUAGCCAAAGGACUCAUCCGACCAUCUACUUCGCCAUACGGUGCCCCAGUACUCUUCACACCGAAACCGGACGGAAGCCUGCGCAUGUGCAUCGACUACCGAGCUCUUAACAAGCAGACCAUCAAGAAUAAAUAUCCGAUACCGCGAAUCGAUGACCUGCUUGACCAGCUUCGGGGAGCUACGGUAUUCUCCAAACUGGAUCUGCGGUCCGGAUACUGGCAGAUACGGAUGGCGGACAACUCUAUCCACAAAACUGCUUUUCGAACUCGGUACGGAUCAUACGAGUAUUUGGUCAUGCCGUUCGGACUCACCAACGCACCGGCAACGUUCCAAGCCGAAAUGAACCACAUUCUACGACCACUUCUGGACGAAUGCGUGGUGGUGUACCUGGACGACAUACUCAUCUACUCGCGCGACAUGAAGCAGCACGUCGAACACCUGCGACGCGUCUUCGAAAUUCUUCGACGAGAACGAUUCUACGUCAAACUGUCCAAGAGCGAAUUCGCCCUGGAGAAAGUCCAAUUUCUAGGACACUUGGUGAGCGCUCAAGGAGUUCACGUCGACCCCAAGAAAGUCGAAGCCGUACGUACGUGGAAGACACCCGAGAACGUGAAGGAGUUGCAGCAGUUCCUAGGCUUCGCUAAUUACUACAACAGGUUCGUGCCACAGUAUGCGAAACUCGCGGCACCACUCACGAAUCUGCUGAAGAAGAACACGCCCUACAAAUGGGAGACGAAGCACCAGGAAGCCGUGGAGCAGCUGAAACAAGCACUAACGUCCGCACCGGUGCUCAUCUUGCCAGAUCUCGAACGCGACUACGUAAUCGAAGCUGACGCCAGCGACCAGGCAGUGGGAGCAGUCUUGAUGCAAGACCAGGGGAAUGGACUGCAACCAAUUGCCUACCUCAGCAAGAAACUGCACGGGGCAGAACUCAACUACCCGAUACACGACAAAGAGGCUCUUGCUAUCGUUAUCGCCUUCAAAGCGUGGAGGUGCUAUCUCGAAGGACGAAGAACGACCGUCUACACCGACCACUGCAGUCUGAAAUAUUUGAAGACACAACCCAACCUUUCCAGGCGGCAGGUCCGGUGGAUCGACUUCCUCGAGACACACUUCCACUACGACAUCGUGUACAAGCCCGGCCACAAGAACAAAGCAGACGCGCUCAGCCGGCCUGCACACGUUGCCACGAUUCAGGUCGAAGGGAUGAAUCCACUACUCAAGGGACUCUUCACCCACGGGUACGCCAUCGACCCCGAAAUUUCCUUGGCAGAAAAGCGACAUCUGCUACAGUGGGACAGUGACAUCGCGUACCGGAAAGGAUCAACAAAAAUCUGGGUACCCAAUUACCCUCCUUUGCGCCAGUUGCUACUCGAAGAAUACCACGACGUCCUGUACGCCGGACACUUCGGUAGCAACAAGACGCUCACCGGUAUCGCCAAACACUACUACUGGCCCCAUAUGGCAGACGACGUCCAGAAAUUCGUCACCUCGUGUGAUACAUGUCAGCGGAUGAAGAGCAGCAAGCAGAAAAAGGCGGGACUACUGCAGCCUCUUCCUGUCCCAGAACAACCAUGGCAAGUGGUUAGCCUAGACUUCAUCACCGGGUUACCACCUACCUCCAGCGGUCAUGACGCCAUCCUUGUCGUCAUUGACAAGUUCUCCAAAAUGGGACACUUCAUCCCGACACACACGACGGCACGCACCGAGGAGACAGCACAGCUCUUCGUUCGUCACAUCAUCUCACAGCAUGGCAUCCCAACUACACUCAUCUCCGACCGAGACCCCAAGUUCACUAGCAAGUUCUGGAAGGAACUUAUGUCUCUGCUCGGCACCAAACUCGCCAUGUCAUCCGCAUACCAUCCGCAGACAGACGGACAGACCGAGCGCCUCAACCAAAUUGUUGAGCAACUCCUCCGAGCAGCCUGCAAGGACGACAUCUCCAAAUGGGACUUGCACCUGCCCGUACUCGAGUUUGCUUACAACAAUGCUACACAUGCCGCUACUGGACAGACGCCGUUCUUCCUCUGCUACGGACGCCACCCACUCACACCACAAAACCGACAGCAUCACCUACAGUCCAACCUGCACACGAUUUCAUCACAACCAUGCAUCAACUUUGGGAUCGGACCCAUAAGCGCCUCCUUGACAUUCAACAGCAACAAAGCGCCAGGCCGAUCGCCAUCGCAACGACCACACCAUUCCGGUGGGGGACCAGCUACCUGGAAGAUUCACAACGCCUUCCACGUCCAACUUCUGAAGCCCUAUCGGGACCCUAACACAAUCUUCGUCGGACGCCAACCGCCGCCGCCGCCACCCGGUGAUUCUAUCUUCUAGAAGGGUCUAUUCCCUUAGGAUA